CAUCUCUGCCAUUGGAAGCUACGGAAAUGGCGCGGCGCGCGUUGAUGACGCAGUUUCCUGGGAUGCCCUCGUCGCAUACAGCUCUGUAUUACCUGUUGGCUGCUGGUUGGUUCCAUUUUAUAAAAACCUCCCGGUAGUUGUGAAGAUGGCGUCCAGCGCGUUGAUUAAGGUUAAGAUCCACCGAAAUUUACCCGCAAAGAUCAAAAGUGAGGAGGCGACUGCUGCCCCCAGCAACGGAGAUGCGGAGAGUAACAAGGAGCCUCAAGUGUCAGGAGCCACAGAGCAACCCAAUCAAAAUGACAAGCGAAAGGAGAAAGGAAUGAAGAAAACUGUGAACCGCUUUGAGCCGUAUCACUCUCAGAGACGCUUCCGAGCUUUCAUCUCUAACAUUUCAUUUGAUGUGAAGUGGCAAGCACUUAAAGACUUAAUUAAAGAGAAAGUGGGUGAGGUAACAUACGUGGAACUCUUAUUGGACGAUGAAGGAAAGUCAAGGGGAUGCGCUGUUGUGGAGUUUAAGCUUGAGGAAAGCAUGAAGAAAGCAGUGCAACUUCUCAACAAGCAUGCUCUCAAUGGAAGACCAUUAAAAAUUAAAGAGGAUCCUGAUGGAGAGCAUGUUAGAAGAGCUACACAAAGCCUCUUUAGGCCAGGAGCUAUGAACAUGGGGACACCAGACCAUAUAGGUCUUGGAAUGUCAGGUCCUCUGGGAAUGCCUAGAACAAUAGGCAUGAAUAAUCCUGGGCCUCUUGGGAUGGCUUGUCCAGUGCCAGCUGGAUCUAACUUAAAUAUACCACCAAGCAUUCUUAACAACCCGAACAUCCCUGGUGAUGUCAUCCUUGCCUUGCAGUCUGGAAGACUUGGGAGCACAGUGUUUGUAGCCAAUCUUGACUACAGUGUGGGGUGGAAGAAGCUGAAGGAAGUGUUUGGCAUUGCUGGCACAGUAGUGCGGGCUGAUAUUCUGGAAGACAAGAACGGAAAGAGCAGAGGGAUUGCCACGGUCACCUAUGAACAGCCUAUUGAAGCAGUACAAGCAAUAUCAAUGUUUAAUGGACAGUUACUGUUUGAUAGACCUAUGAUGGUGAAAAUGGAUGACAAAGCAAUGCCUAAAGGAGACCUGUUUGCAGAUCGACCUCCGCAGCUUCCACGUGGCCUUGGUGGCAUUGGAAUGGGCCUUGGACCUGGUGGUCAGCCCAUAGAUAUGAACAAUAUCAGAGGUUCAAGCAUGGGGGGACCUGGAGGAAUGGGAAUGGACACUGCAGGUUUUGGAAUGCACAAGAUGAAUUUUGAUGGUCCGUCUGUUGGAAGCAACCAUAUUAGCAGAUUUGGAAUGGGUCUGGGUAGAUUAAGUGGAGAAAUUGAUCAUGGAUUGAGUGGAGACCGAAUUGAGUUGAAUUCUCUGUCCAGAAGUUAUGGUGAUUCUUUUGAUAGAGGGUUAGGGUCUGGAGCAAGCAGCCUCAUUGGCAACAUGGACAGAAUGAGCUCUAGCAUUGGUCAAGGAAUAGACAGAGUUGGACCAGAAGUUGAUAGAAUGGGGAUGGUCAUGGAUCGUCUUAGUUCUAGUGCAGUCAGACUUGCAUCUGGCAUUAGUUCGCCAAUGGGCAUGGACUAUUCCGCCAGCCUUGAUCGAAUUGUUGCCUCUAAUCUAGAUAGGAUGAGCACUGGUAUGGGUUAUGGUGUGGACCGGUUGGGCUCUUCAGUUGACAGGACUAGCUCCAGCCUAGAACGAAUGGGAUCAAGCUUGGACCGAAUUGGCUCUGGUGUUGAUAGAGUUGAUGUUGCCAUUGAUCAUUUAGGAUCUUCAUCAUUUGGAUCGAGUUUGGAUCGUAUGGGCCCUAUAAUAGACAGACUGCCAUCUGUGGGCAUCCUUGGCAGCAACUCCAUAGCUAGAACGGGACUAGACCAUAUUGGCUCAAAUGCCUUCGAUAGAAUGGGUACGAUCCUUGGGAUGGGGUCCAGUAUGGGACAAGGUAUAGGGUCAAGUUUUGACAGGCCAAUGGACAUCGACCAAAGCAAUUUUGCGGGCUCUCCUGGAGGAAUUGGUGCAGCUCGACUAAAUACCCUGCCGCGUAAGGGAUGCCAAAUUUUUGUUCGAAAUCUGUCUUUUGAUUGUACCUGGAAAAUGCUGAAAGACCAGUUUAGUGAUUUUGGGCAUGUGGUGUUCGCAGAUAUUAAAAUGGAGAAUGGAAAGUCUAAGGGCUGUGGCGUAGUGAAGUAUGAUAGUCCAGAAGCUGCUCAGCUCGCCUGCCAUGUGAUGAAUGGGGCAAAGUUUGGAACGAGAGAAAUUGAUGUCCGAAUGGACAGAAAUGCUUAGGCUCUAUUAGUAGGCUUAACCUCACCAUAUUUGUUAACUGUUUUUUGUUUUUAUUUCUUUUUCUUCCUAUUGUUGGAUAUAGGAAUUGGAGGUGUAGCGGCAGAAAUUGAGCGCCUGCCACUUUUAAUUAAAUUUUUGCAGGUAAUGGGAUGCAUUUUACUGUGACAGAUUGUACACAUAAUUUUGUAGUUGUGACUUUUUUGACAUCUUUAAGGGAACAAAGUGAUGUAUGCAGUAAUAAAGCAGUGGGAGUUACAA